UGGUGGGCGCACUUCUGUUCCGACAUUCACAACAAGCCACGGGAGCGACCCUAGAGGAGAGAAAACACAGAGGGACCCGGAGUGGAUUGUUUGUUCGUCUCAUGCUGUGAUGAACAGAAAGUUCCGCAGAGAAACUGUGAAUGUUCUUGAAGAGAUUUAAUUCAGACUUUUAACUUUUGGGAACUUCUGGCUCCAUGCUGGAAGAUGACGGUGACUUAACUUCUGUUUACUUUGGAUCCAGUUCCUCUCACAGUGAAGAAGUCCCAAAUGAAGGCUUCCUAGCCCGAGCUCUAUCGGUGGUCGCGGAGCUGAAGCCCACCGGACGCGGGGAUCUGUAAGCGGCUCGCUCGCCGGGAUGGUGCGCCUGCUGAGCUGCCUGCUGCUGGGAUAUCUGACUUGGAAUUUGCGGAUAUCGGACGCACAGGGUGAGUACUGCCACGGCUGGCUUGACGGCAGUGGGAAUUACCACGAUGGCUUCCAGUGUCCGGAGGAUUUUGACACCACGGACGCCACGGUGUGCUGUGGCUCCUGCUCGCUGCGGUACUGCUGCGCCGCCGCGGACGCACGGCUGGACCAGGGCAGCUGCACCAACGACCGGGAGGUGGACAACACCGAGUAUGCAGCGCGUAAGUUUACGGCUUUUAAAGUUAUAUUUGACUAAAUAAAAUGGUGUAGGAGUGAAAAAAAGCUUCACAUUUAACAGGCAACUCAGCCAAGAGUUAAACAAAAGUUUGGUCGAGUCAAAAACGUUCUUUUAUACCGAUUUAAUCGCGCUUGUAAUCGAUCGGAAAGAUUGAAAAUGAAUACUACAAAUACUAGGAGAUGUAUGGUUCAUUUAGUCUGAUUGAUCUGUAAAGAAGUUGGUUUUACAGAGAGGUCAGAGGUCAGCUGAACAACGUAAAUAAAGCAGGUUUCACCCUGCUGUCACAUUCAAUUAUAAAACACAUUUUUCUAAGGAUUUUGUUUACAUUGUCAAACAAGAUGCAAACAAAUGUGUUUUUUAGUGGAACAAUAUUUAAACUAGUUAAUGCAGCAUGUUGAGGAAAAACUUGAAGGUGUUAGAUGGACUGUAAGAAAACUUUUUUUAAGACUCAAAGUUAGUCUUAGAAGCUUUUUACAUUCAAUCCAAGUUUUUUAAAGUUUUUUUUUUUAAUAUGAAUGAACCAAAAUACCCAGUAUCUAUCAGUAUCAGCAUGUUCUGUCCUGAACUCACUCUGUAGUUUUCAAUAUCAGCCUCCGACAAAUAUUCUCAAACUAAUCAUUCACAAAUCUUUACGAAAACCUUUCUUCAAGACUCAGUUAGUCAUUGAAGGUUUUUACAUUCAAUCCAAACUUUUUCAAUUUUUUAUCUAAUAUGAAUCAACCAAAAUACCCAGUAUCUCUCAGUAUCAGUGUGUUUUGGCCUGAACUCACUCUGUACUUUUCAAUAUCAGCCUCCAACAAAUAUUCUUAAACUAAUCAUUCACAAAUCUUUGACCACAGAUUAGUUUAAAAUGAACCGGAUCACGACUGAUAUCCAUAGUAAACACUCAAACUUUCUCACACAAGUCCUCUCAUUGUGCUGCCACAUAUUAAACACAUUCGCCCUGACAGCUCACUAAUUUAGUAAUCACAACAGCGUGAGGCGGCAACUCAUUUUCUUUGGCCUCUUUAAACAUUCAACAGACUCACAGUGUCACAUUAACCUCCUGUUAGCGGUGACACAUUCAACAAUAGGUCAGUUUUAGAAGUUGUCCUUAAAUUUCCUGUACUGAUAAGCUCUGCGGCUCAAAAUGAAUGGACUGUGCGCUGGCAAUUUCCUAUUUUUUGCCUUAUCAAAAUAAAUAAACACUCGCUGAUUUCCUCCCAAAGUCUGAGCGGACUCCACAGGGUGUAACAUGAGCUGUGUGUGUUGUGUAGCAGGAAUGUGUCUGUUAGGUUUUUUGAUGAAAGGAGGAAGCAUAUGAAGACAUGGCUUGAUUAAAAAGUCUAAACAAAAGUUUGAUAAAGCUUUAUUUUGAAUCAAGGUUUCGGGAUUUAAAACUAAAUUAAGAUAAAAUAUUCACAAUGCAUUUAAGUAGAGUUGUAAGCAGAUAUUGGCGGUAAUUAACUUUAUGUGGACAUCAGUGAAUUAAAGACUGAUGUUUAAACAUGGUGACUGAUACGAGUGAAACACAAGUAUGAAAGAGAUAUCCACAUGGUAAAGUUCAGCGUGUUGUACCCUUAUGUGGUCUUUAUACUAGAUAAGAACUCAAUUAUGCAAGGAUAUGAACGCAGAUUUAUGUUUACACGGUGCAGAUAGAGGAAAGUUUUGCAGAGUUGUAAAUGAUGACUGAAAUCUUGAGUAAGUUUAGUUGUUUAAAGUGAAAGUACAGAAAACAACUGUGUUAUUUUGCAACAUCCUUCAUUCAUCAGACCUGUCUGUGUUUCCUCUGCCCUCAGAGCCCGUCUACGUGCCUUUCCUCAUGGUGGGCAGCAUCUUCGUUGCUUUCGUUGUGGUUGGCUCUCUGGUGGCGGUCUACUGCUGCACCUGUCUGAGGCCCAAGCAGCCGACCCAGCAGCCCAUUCGCUUCUCCCUGCGAAGCUGCCAGGGGGAGACCAUCCCCAUGAUCCUCACCACGGCCCCACCGAGCCUCCGUGCCCCUUCAAGGCAGUCUAGCACGGCCACCACCAGUUCCAGCUCAGCUGGGGGCGGGAGCUCCAUGAGGAGGUUUUCUCUCGGGGGUCAGCAGCAGCAGCAGCAUGGAUGCCUUGUGUCUGCAACUGUCUCCUCCUCGGCUUCCACCCCCACCCAGACUCCUCAGACUCUACCUCCGCCUCCGCCUCCCCCUUACACAUCUCCACCUUUGUCAGGAGGCAUCCAGCACCCCACCACCCACACGCAGCUGCAGCUCCACCAGCCCUCACACCCUUCACACCCCUCACAGAGUGCUGGGUUCCUCCUCCCGCAGCAGUACUUCUUCCCCCUGCAGCCUGACGCCUUCACAGCCACUAAGGGCUUUGCUGACUUCGGACAGAGCUGACAGGGACCCCAGCAGAGGGAUUACAAGAUUUUCUGAUGGUGCUGGAAAGGAUAACCAUGCUGCAACACAGCUGGUGGUGUUUGGGCUGAAGGCCUGGGCUGACUGAAAGGACACAGAGUGACAGAGUACAACAAAGCAGCCUUGGUUAAGCAGCGUAGCCUGAGGCGCUUCCCCUCUUUGCAUCACAGGACAAACAGACCUGUAGGACGCAGGGACAGCUCUGAAUCUUGUGCACUUUUAUCUUAUAUUGUAAACAGACCUCACGGGCCCUCUUUAUAUUUUUAUACGUACUGUUUUAAAAGGCGACGGACUUAAAUUCCCCAAUUUAUCCUACACCUUCUAAAAGUCCUGUACAAGCAUACGGUACAGACUGGUGUUCAAGUGUUAGAAAUAGUUGUAAGGAACCAGGGAAUCUUGUGUUUUUCGACAAUCGCAUGGACCUCUGAGAAAAGAAGAGGACCUGACCAACUGAUGUUUUAAUUUGGCGGGGAAUGUGGAGUCUUAUAACUUGUUGUAUAGACAUUAUAGCCAGAGCGGGGUUGUCAUAAUGAUUCUCCAAUUUACAGCCAAUAAAAGUUGUCUUUCAGUACCUUUUUGUGCACUGAUUUAUGUGGAGAAGAGUCUGAUAAAUGACAAGAAGUGAAAAAAAAUAUGUGCUCUGAAAGAAGACUCAUCAGCCCUCAGACAAAAAGGAAACCGGAGCAGUCGGGCUCCCUACCUGUCGCUCAUUCUUGCGCCAGACUUCACAGCAGGAAUGUAGCGCUGAGAUCAGUCAUUGUCAGUGUUCAAUGAGCGUGGCAUGGCCACAGUGUUAAAAACAACUCAGCCCAGAAACAGAGGUUUAGGUUGCACCAACAGGUAUGGCAGAAUCCCCACAAAGAGCGUCCUGUUCUCUGGUUAUCUGACUGUGAAAUAGACUUGGCAAUCAGUGUCUCCUCAGAGCUUUCUGCAGGUCCUUCAAACCUUGAGCCAUUUUCACUGGACUGAAACAUCACAAAAUACAACCUCCAUGAUUGGUGAUUUGACGGAUUCCCAUGUCUUGUGUUUUACCAUUUACGUUUCAUUGUAAGUCAUAAACAAGUUAUAUGAACAUUCAAUUUUCUUUCACAAGUUGCCCAUGUAGAAUGAGCCCUGAUUGAUUCAACUUAAACCAAAGAAAAAAACACCAAUCCUCUUAGUAAUGUCCAGUUACCUCGGUAGUUGGAGCUGGGAAUGACGUUACACCCGAGUUGACGGCGUUCCAGUAAACAAGUCGGAAAAUCAAGAUGGAUGCCUACUGUUAGCUGUCGUUAGCCGUUGUCAGUUGUCGCUAGCCGUUGUCGGUUAUUGUUAGCAGUUGUCAGCUGUUGUUAGCAAUACCCGUAGACUGUAUAUACUACGGACAAUUUAUUUACACCUACCGCCAGUAUACGGAUUUGACGCCGAGAAGCUCCUGGUAUUUCCGCGGUUUUUCUCCACUUCCUGAUACCAACACUUGCGCAGUAGCAUUGUGCGCGUUCAGCGAGAGUCACCGACAGUCGCUGUGAUGACGCUCGGCUCAAGCAGCUGUAAUUUUUAUGUGGUAGCUUUGUUUCGUUCGUGAACGAUUCGUUCAAAAGAACCGAAUCCUUUCCUUGAGUAAUUCGUUCCUUUUCUCACUUCAGUUGUGCUGAAGUGAGAAACAGCAUUGCCAGGCCAGCAGCCGACAAACGAGGGACCGCACGCACCGAUGCCUGAAUCACUUUGUGAACGAAUCACGCAUUGAACUACACUCUCUGGAAUCAUUUUUGUCAGACAAAACUACCUUUUUUGUUUUCACUCCUAAAUUGUCUCCACAACAACUUGCAUACAAUGGGACACAGCUUUUAACAAGUAGUGCAUUAAACCUGCAGCAUCCUAUCAUUGCAGCGGUUUGCGAGGGAACGGUGCAUGAUCAGUGUGAAUUCUUCUAAACUUUCAGUGAACUAAUCGCUCACUGAGCCCAAUUUACUGAGCAGACCUGAUAAAUAGCAUACCAUAGGACAGUACACUUAAAACAACAUGAUUUGGAAACAAGUUCAUUUUUACAAACCUGUUUGCCAAAGAAACACAGCCAAACACUCUCGUCUUCUGGUCCCAAAAGCUAUGAAUUGAACUGAAUCUUGAACCGUUCAAUUGUGUAUCAGUUCAGGAGGUCGGAGUCACAGGCUCCUCCCGCUAAAUGAUUCAGUGAUUUGGUGAACGAAUCUUUUGAAUGUACUGUUACAAACACCAUAGCACCGUAUUCACAGUUAGAAGUUGGCAGAACAACAUAUACCACUUACUUAAUUUUACAAAAACAAAACAGAAGUGCUUAUAAAUAAUACAUUACAAGAGCUCUCACUGUUACUCUUCACUGUUGAUGCACUGCGCUGCCAUCUUGGAUUAUGACGUUGUUAUUGCAUCGGGGUUGGUGAGGAUCGUCAGACUUCAUGAGUUGGAAAUCCGACUUCAGGGGGGCGCUCCAGAUGAAUUUCUGACUUGAAGCUCGGAAAUUCCGACUUCCGAGUACAACUGAAAUGCUACAUGAAAUAAGCAGAUGGCAUUUCCUAUCUUCAUGUGUGCUACAAAUUCCUGUUUGUAUUCCACCUUCCUCUCCACCCAAACAGGACUUGCAGAUGCAUGUUUGAAAGAGUUCAGCUUUGAUCAAGCAUUAAGGCACACGUACCGUUACAUAUCUCUCAUUUUAUUCAACAUAACUGCUCUGCACUCUUCCUGAAACAGGUGGUGAAGCAACAGCUCUGAAAGAUGAAAGAGAUCACAUAGAGUGGGUUUAUCCUUGCAGACUGGAAUCUCAACUGGACGAGCAGGAGUCUUCUAUCACCAAGACGACCUGUGUCUGAGUCAGUGAUUGGAGCUUUACCAUGAGGGAAUCGAAGCAACCUAAAUGCAGUGCAGAAAAGCCUGACAAACAAUCAUUUAUGAGGUAAUGUCUUCUUCAAACAAGUUUCAGUCAUGGAGCUGUUGGUGUUGAUUAAUCACACAUUUGAACAUCGUUAGGAUUGGAUUCGGACAUGCAAGUUUAAGAUGUUUGUGAUAUUUUAUGGUCAGGAUAAUCAUGAGAUUCAAGUCUGAUACUGUGACAGCCCUGACUUAAAUUCACUUAAACAAUUAGUUUGUAAUCAUGAGCAUCAAACCCACAUCUGCUCUGGUCACUGAAUCCGCGUGUUCAUCUGUAACCUGAGCAGACUUGUGUGUUUGGGAUCCCAGAGAGUCUGGGAAACCCAACAGUCAUAACAAAUAAGGACAGUAUUGAUAUCAUUUGUUUCCCCCCGCCUCUUCCUGUUUAGGUUCUCAGUGUGGUGUACGUCCUGUUUGUCCUCACACACUAUCAUUACAAACUCUCCCGCAUAUACACAUCGUUCCUCCAUGUUGUAAAGUUUAUUUCAGUAGUCCUUCAUGGCAGUAAAAGACAACACUUAUAAGUUUGCAGUCCCAACAUGCAGAACAAUCAUUGAACAAAAUGACAGAAAAGAAACAAAUAUCCAACAGAAAAGUUAAAGGUGCGUUUUUUUUCCUCUUUUGUGAAGUGAUCAACACUCGAGGGAGAAUCAAAGUAGUAACAGUUAACAUUUGAGAGAACAGUUUGUGUGAUCCAUUCAUGCAGCCCACGACUUUCACAGACAUCAACGUGUGUUUUUAUGUUUUCUGGAAAAGAAAGCAACAGUCCAAAAGCCUUCCACGACGACAAUGACAUCCACAUUCAGCAGUUUGGAAACUUUUUCGACAAGAUGACGACCAAUUAAACUGUUGACAGCAAAAGACCAGCGAGAAAGAGAUCAAAAACCCUCACUUAACACAAAAGAGCGUUCCUGUAAAGCAGCCGAACACUGCAUGUAGAAAAAAGUUACAAACACUGAAGAGAAAUCAUACUGAAAGCAGAGAAUACCAGAGAUUCACUACUGGAAAGGUACAUCGAGUGCUUUGUGCAACAUCUCCUGUCGAAGCGAGCUGAGCGUUAAAAACUCUCACAGUCCAGGCCGAGAGUUUGACUACAAACACGCAAACACAAUCAUACCACACACUGUCCCGUACAGGGCCAUGCAUCAGCACACAGCAGAACACCAUAGCUUUACCUGGAGUCGUGCAGACGGACACACACACACACACACACACGCACGCACGCAUUCACACUCAUUUAAAGAAACACACAAGGAGGACCGGGAGAAAGCAAGUCCCAGUCUUACAUAGAGGACACAGACAUGCAAUGCAUACAUAGACACAGUAGAGGUGACACACGCACACACACACAUACAGCACAUGCACAUGCAGGCAAUAAACUGACACACGCUGUCACACACACCGUCAGAAAUCUGAUCUCCCAUAGGGAGAAGAAAGCAAUUACACAGACAUUAAGUAGUCAAUUAUAAAUAAAUCAAGCUGUAACAAUAUUUAUAUUAAUAAUAACAAGACAUUUAAGAAAGCUCACUUUCCUCAUUCAAUCUAUUCUAACCUGCCAGUUUAUCCGAGGAAGAAAAAACAAAGAGUUACAGUGACAGUUCAUUACAAAGCCAGUCAAUGCAAAAGUCAUACGUCUCCAAUAUAAAAAUACAAAUCCACAAAAUAACUAUAGAGACAAAGUAGUUUGAUAUCGUCGUGGAGUUCCUGGCUAAUAUUUCACUCUCCCUUAAGCUAAUGGCACUUAUGUUAGAGGGAUAAAAUCUCCAUUUUGAGGGAUUCACUAUCACCGCUGUGAGCUUCAAAGAGACCGUCAGGGAGCGUCCAGUUCACCUCUGCAGGAACAAAUCUUGCUUUACACAUGUGCCACAAGGCACUCUGUAGUUUUCACAUUGUUCGAGUGCAAUACCGUGAUGGGGAGACAGUGGUUUUGUCUUCAGCAGGUGUGUGUGGGUGUGUGUGUGGAGCACUGGUCUAAGCUAGCUGGCUAAUACUACUCUUGGCUAUCUGAUUCUUCUUCAAUGAGGGAGAAGUUUGACGUAGGCACCGUUGUGAUUGUUGAGACUGGAGUGAUGUGUGGAAUGCAAUUAUCUGUCGAGAGCAAUGCUUCUGCUGUAAAAAAGCGGUGGAAACAGGACUACGGUAGGUUGCAGGAGGCAACUUCUUUGGAAAAAAAAAAAAAUCAAAAUAAAUAAAACCAGGCACGAUAUCUACAUAUUUUAAAAGUGAAAUUAAAAAAUGACGAGGAUGAAGGCAUGAGCAAAUGUAAGGCUUUACACAAGAGAUGCUCCUUGAGUGCAAAAAACUAAAAUAUUACUAAUGUCUGCUCUGAAGUGGUCCGUUUAGUGCUGGAAUACACUCAGGAGUGUGAUUACAUUUGGUUUCCCCAAUUCACUAGUACUUGGAAGAUUGUAUACACGACUGCUCUUUGGCAAUCUUUACAAUUUUAACAUCUCUAAAACAAAUCAUCCUCCAGUGUUCGAACUGACAGUGUUUAAAAUUCAAUUCAGUUAAAUGAGUUUAUAUUCAGUAACGAGGAGACGUUCACUCCUAGGAAGUGAGCGAGAAGAGUGAAGAACUUCAGACCACAGACUGCUAAAGAAAGCACAGUGCUCAUCAUGUCUGCUGGACAAACUACAACAGCUGAUAGUGAACACAUUUCAUUUUGUUCCUUGUUUUGUUUUGUUUUUUUUCUUCCCUUUUUCAAAGACAAUAUGUAACUCUACUCUGUCCAUUUCACGUCCAAAAAUCCCCUCAGUGCAGGAGGCACACUCUUGCCUUUUCCGUGCCCCGUUGAGCUUCAAAUGUCGCCAUCAGAAACGACGAUUGUGGCACCGGGUUGGCCGACGGCUCACCACUCGUUGGUCCUCUGUUUGGUGGUGUCGUACGCUCUGAUGACCUCGGACUGAGACACCACUCCGUUUUCAUCUUGAGAGAAGGCGUAGCCAUCUGCGAAAAAGAUCGACGCAUUAGGAACUUACAUCAACUGGGUCAGGGGUUAAAAUGAAAUGAUGUAAAAGUAAAACAAACAGACAUACAGAAACUGAAUAAACUAAAAAUUUUAAAUAUGGACAAGGAAAUAGUUUUAGACAUUUUAGAGGAUGUUUUAAUUUGCUUUCUUGUGAAAGGCUUGAUGACAAAAAUAGAUACCACUCUGAUGCCUGUAUGGUAAAAUCUAAAAUAAGACACAUGUAGAAAAAUUCUCUUUUUGAGAUGAGAUCAAACCUGUACCAGCAUUUCAAGUCAGAGAGGAAAGUGAUCAUUUCUCUUAAAAGUGGAUUAAGCAGCAAUGUUUUAAAAAUGCAAAACUCUACUCAGCAGCAGUUUAGAGAGAUUUCCAUCAUCCUCAAAACCUCAGCCUCACAAUUUUGUCUCUGGCUUUAAAAUAAAAAAUAAAAAAAUCAUAUUGAAACUGUUUUUCAAGAAGCAGUCCAGAGUUAUUUCUAGGAAGCCGCUAGCUACCGUUUCUGCAAUUACAAGAAAGUGAACAAAGUUGUCGCAUCAGCCAAAAAACGUUUUUGCCAAAAAGGAUGGCUCUUAAUCAAACACAACGCUUGUAUUUGUUGAUAAUAUUAUUUUACAGUGACCUCCUACUAGCACUAAAAUUGUCUUGAGACACUCCCACUCCCCUUUGCAGCGCAUUAACUUCGUUUCAAAUCGCUCUGUAGGUUUAAUAAUCGUUUUAAAAAGGACUCAAAGAAAAUGGAGACGAGAUUAAAGUGAUCCGUCCUGACAUUAGCAGCAGUCUUUCUUCUUACAUUCCUGUUUGGCAGAAUUAAAACCUGAAGAAGUCAUGCCUGAUUUGAUUUUGAUUGGCUGGUUAAAAGUGAGUUUGACAAGCACAGAGUUGUUCCAAGUUUCAGCUGAGAGCAAAGCAACAACAACAACAAAAGAAAGAUGCCAAGGUUUGGAAAUGCUGAGCUGCAUUAUAUGAAUAAAAGGUGCUGCCCAAAGUUGAUGGAAUAAGCCUAGAGUUCAUCUUAGUCUCAUACUAACAGAGCAAGAGAGAGUGGUUUCUAUUUUUUGUCAUCUGCAAGAAAGAAAUUAGAACAUUUCCCAAAAUGUCGCACUAUUCCUUUAAAACAAAUAACAUGAUGAAAAAUAAUGAACAAAUCAGGAGUUUCAAAAACUACACACAGCUCCCCCAAAAGUUUUAUCUGUACUUCUGCUCUACCAGCUAAACUUUCCAACAGGGUUCCUUUCUGACCUUUGACCCCUGACUCACCUUCAGGUGUCAAAUGACUCGCCCUGUACCUGGAGGCCAGCGGGUAAGUUCAAAGGACCCCGCUGAGUCGAGUGCAUUGUGAGGGAAUAACAGCGCAACAUUUCAUCAUUUCAUGGUUAUCUCGACCUACUGUGCUCAACUCAGGACACACGAGUCACACGAAGGGGAAGGAGAGGAAGUCAAUGAUGGAAAGAGAUGAAGGAAGAGAGGUCUAUCUGGGAGCUAGAGUGGGCUGGAGUAUCAAGAAGGGUGGGUGGGGUUUGAAUUAUGAAAUUUAAAGAAUAGGUAUCACACAACAAUGGUCUCAUCCCCACCUAUGAGACAAACAAAAAGCAAACUGAUCAGACAAAAGGACACAACAGAAGAGAGAAAAAAUGAACAAACCCAUGCUGAGAGAAUCAGAGGGACAUCUGUGGGACUCAGUCUGAACUUAGCUGACACUCAUUUACUCCCUCUUGUUUACUUACCACCCAAACAAGAUGGAUAUCUGGAGAGAGCAUACACUGAUGCUGCAGUAAGAAUGUCUUAUUUUGAUAUUAUACAGAGGGCCUGUGAUUUUUUAAAAUCUUUUUAUAGUAAUUACAGCUGUGCUUGUGUUUACUCCCUCGUCCUACUUUAAACCUGUUGUGAAACUUCUUCUGGUGCCACUGAAUCCAAUCAGUGACAAAAUGUAAUAAACUAAACAAGGAGAUACUAUUAUUAAAGGGAUAUUCUGGCACAAAAUUAAUUUAGGGUCAAACACACCACAACACCGAGCCAGACACCCCCUCGAGAGAUGAAUGUUGAGCUGCGUCACCCAGCUGCAGUCCGUAAUGGACUGGUCUGAGGUCUCGCUACAAACAAGCGGCUGCUGGAAGAGAGUAGGUGAGUUGUGUUUACUCGAGAAGCAAGCGGUUGGCAACAUUCAUCUCUCGAGCGGGUGUCUAACUCGGUGUUACAGUUUGUUUGACCCUAAAUUAAUUUUACGCCAGAAUAUCCCUUUAAGUUUACAAAUGACUAGUUGAUAUAGUCUACCAAACGUUUCUGUUGUGUAAUGAUACAGAUACUAAAGACUUUUUUGUGUAACCUUCAUAAUUUUGUUUAUAUGCUACACCUGAGACUGUUACCGCUAUCAGCCCGUUUCUUAUCCCUCUAGGAGGGCCUCAACAGGAAUAAGAAAGAGGGAAGCUCACAGCUGAUUAUGUUAUUUAUUAUUAAAUAACUGCACACGUUAUGGGUCAAUACUAACAUUGAAACCAGCUAAGAACCUAUCACUGACCUACAGAACAUCUACCACUCAUAAUUUCUGAAUGAAGCCCAAUUUAGCGAAAUUGUAGUUUGAACCUGGUAAGUUUCGGUAAAAAAAUAAAAAUAAGAUCCUCUAUAUGUGCUUGUAUCUCCAACUGUCCAUGAUAAUAACUCAUUGAACAGCUCACGUCUGCAGUUUGCUGAGUGGAGAUACUGCAGGUUAAGUCUUAGUGAACUAUGAGGCUGCUUGCAGACACAGUUUCUGAUGCGUGUUUCCUGCAUCAGCUGAAUGCAGAGUAUUUAUGAAGAGAGGUGAGAUGAAAAGAGGGUUUCUGUCUCCCUACACAGACCAAGGGUGAGCUACUCUAGAGGAUUUACCAAUUCACUUUGUGUCAGAGGAGGAAAAAUGAUGCUGGAUCUGCUCCCCUGACGAGGGAGCAGGUUUGGAAGCAGAUAAAUCUAACACGGACAAACUUAAGUCUUUUGAGUUUGACUACACAGACUUCUUGUUUGGGGAUUUUUUUUUUGUGAGAGAGGAUGUGAGAGGGAAAAAAAAGAGAAGAAACUUGGUGUAACUUACGGAGCAGGUUCUGCUGCAUAGAGUCGGAGCGGUACAAACUGACCGUGCUCUUCUUGAAGACGUUCUUCAGGAGCUGGGCCCUCUCCGUCAAACUACACACACAAAAAGAAACAACAGAAACACGCAGUGUAUUAGCAACACGCUGAGCACCACAGGCAGAUUUAAUGACCCAUACAUCAAGCCUGUUUCUGAGCCCCUCCAGAGUAGAUGGGCCUGCCAACUGCCUGUACCUGCUGGUCCAAACACCAUGUAGAGAGACAAAACAGUGAAAGAACAGAGCGCGUGUGUGUUCAUGAGUGUAGUAAAACUCUAAAGCAGCGUGUAAAACUAACAAACAUCCCUCCAUGCCCAAGUAUGUGUCUUUAAAUCCAGCAGUAUGCAUCUAUCUUUGUGUUAUUGUGUUUGCGUUCCACAUUCUCUACCCAUUUAUUCCUGUAGACUUGCAUUUUUGUGUGUGUUUGUGUGUGUGUCUGCCCCGCAGCCUGCUGGGUCCGGGACAGUGGCCAGGCAGGGGGAUCACUUUCAGCCAGCAGGAGAUCUCACACUGAUCUGCUCUGGUGUUGAAUGCUGCUGCAGGCCUCAGAGGGCUGAGUGCUGCUGGCUGAGUUUGUGUAAUAUAUGGCUUUAAUAUCAGAGGACUGUUGCUCUAAAAUGAGACAUCUACUCUUGUGACAUGAUUACUGACAUUACGGUCAAACUCCUGCAAUUUAGCAGCAAUUUUAAGAUUCCUCGCUUCCACAUAGGAAUAGUUUUGGCAGAGAGGAUGUGAGUAUUUGUGUAAAUUUGAGGGCUUUGAGAGGUCAAAGAUGAUUCUUCCUCUGAGCUUAACUUAUAUUUUCUGUACCCAAAGAGGAACUGCCAAGGCGUUUACUCCUAUGAUACUGUUGGGCUAUAGGAUGACACUAAUGGAGAGUGACAGUGAGAAUUUGACAUGUUAUUCUACCAUUCAUAACUCUGUGACUCACUCAGUGUAUACUGUAGAUUUGGUGCAGGUUGGGUUGUCAAUCCAAAAGAAAGAUUAAAGAUAAGUAAUCCCUGGACUCUGUAUGCAUUUACGUAUAUUAAUAUCAAAGAAAAUACAAUCAAUCGAGGUAUAUGGCUUAUAAUCCAAGACGGAUUUGUAUUUUUAUUACAUUUGUUAGAUCGUCGACCAGCUUUAACGUUUUUUAAAUCCUGCCUGAAAAUUUAAUUUUAAGUGUUUUUAUGUGGUUUUUAUUAUGAUUCUUUUAUUUUAAAAAUUUCAUUUUUUGUGUGUUUCUAACUCAUUUUAUUGCGCUGUGCAGCACUUUGCUAAACUUAAUUUUAAGUUUUUCUUAAUGUGCUAUAUAAAUAAGGUGGAUUGGAUCGUCUACCCUUGCAGGUCUAGGUAAGGAAACUGCUUCUUUAUCAAUUGUUUUACAUAAAACUAAAAUUUUCUUUUGCUAAACUCCAAGAUGAAAACAAUAUGUGCUUGAAAAAUAUGAAACUAAAUCCACUGAGCAAAGACAAAGGUGUUGUUGUAGGGUGUAGCCGCACCUCUUUCCAUGCACCACUGCUCCAGGGUCUUUGGACAAAGCCUCAAGCUCCUGCACCUCAUCCACCAGAGUCUUGAAGCACACCCUCUUCACUCUGUAAUACAAACAGUUUUGUUUAAUAAUCACGGGACAGAUGCUUUGAUAUCCUAAAAGGUGCACACAUGAUGGUCAAAUAUUCAAACUCAGGAAAUGAAACUUCUAGCUUUGCAAAUUGCUCCUGACACAUUAAAUCUGCUGUGGGCUGAUGUCAACCAGACCUAAAACAUUUCCCACAGAGCAAUCAUAGAACGGUAAAACUAGAAUUUCUUGGAAGGCUGUACAAAUAAAAAGCGGAGCAGGAAUUUCUUGAAGAGAUACGAGAGCUUCAGGAGGAAUUUCCUGUGCUGGAGCCAUGAUGAGCGAGAAGAGACUCACACUUUGUAGGCUACGUCAAAGACCAGCGAGGUGACGGGGAUGAAGACCAGGCCCAUCCAGAAGACCCCCGACCUGAACAUCAUGUCCGCCUGUCACACACAAGCACACAUAUACACACACUUACUCUCAAGUCAGUAUAGACAAUGCAGAGUUUAACAGCUGAUCAGAUAACAAGAGGAGCUCUUCAAAAGAAGGAACACCUGAUAACACCACUAUCAUCCCCCGUAGUGCCGCAUAAUGAAAACCAUACACCACAGAGGCAGCCCAAAACAAACAGGCAUAUUGUGGAAAUAGAGAGGAGAUGGGUCCAAAUAACCUGCUCAAAGUGGGUUAAUCCUCCGUGACUAAAUGAUACCAUGUUUUUGUUUGGAAGUCCUCCUCUUCUCAGCCUGCAGGGAGGAGGAAGUACCUGUGAAGUGUUUAGACUGCAGUAUCUCUUUCACAGGAAAACAGCUCGACUGUUUGUUGUGCUGAGAGCUCCUGUCAGUGCAUCACAGGAGACACAGAGCAGUGAUCUGAGGGGAUCACCACAAUACAGCAGUCACCCACUUAAAGAGGGUGUCGAUGAAGCAGGAAAGCUGUUAUUAUCAGGGUUUAAUGCUUCUCUGAGUGACAGUGUUGGGAAAGAAUAUUUACUUAGAAAACCAUGAAUUGGUUAUACACAAGAACCACAUCAGGAAAGCAUGUGUAUGAGCUUCAGAUUGGACAGAGGGAGCCUAGAGCCCUUUAUAAAUAAGGCAAAUCAGGCCAGUGACAUCCAGGGAUGGUAUUUGUGAAUAAACUAACUUGCACAGCUCUUUAUUUGAGCCUCUGCUGAAUUUCCUCUACAAAGAAGUCGUCGCAAACCUUGUUGGCACUAGGCAAGCUUUUUUAAUUAUUCAAUAACAUCAGGCUACAUGAAAUAUUUGCUCUUUCACUGUUACCCUUUAGUGUCUCUGCUUGUUUAGCUUUCUCUCUGCUCAGCUGGUGUCUGUGAGUAAUUGUAGAUCAACCUAUAAUGUGAGAAAGGCUCUGAGGUCCGUGAAUCAGAAUCUGCUGAUGGUUCCGCGCACUCGUUUUCGGACCAGAGGUGACCAAUCCUUCCAGGCUGUUGCUCCCAGGCUUUGGAAUGAGCUUCCUCUCUCAAUGUGCUUAACUGACUCUGUUGACUCCUUUAAAACUCAAAACUUAUUUAUUUGCUCAGGCCUUCGUUUUAGUGUUUCUGGGGCUGCCAUGACGGUUUAAUGUUGUUGUCUUGGCCUUUUAAUUUGUAUGUAUAUUUUUAUUUUUGUCUAUGUGAAGCACUUUGUGACUCUUUUGUCUGUGAAAAGUGUUGUACAAAUAAAGUUUACUUACUUACUUACAAAGAUUGUUACCUGAUGAGAUAAAAACUUAAACCUAAAAUUAUUAUCAGGUCUGAAAAUGUAAAAAUGUACAAAACAAAAUUCAUGUUUACGCAUAGUUUUACUGUUCAAAUAACAGUGUAUGUAGGAUAUAACUAAGAAUCUCUCUUCCAGAGAAUCUGUGUGUGUAUUACCUUAUUUUACAUGUAAAUUGACGACCUGUUCUUUUAAUGUAAAUGAAAUCAUCAGGCCCUGCCUUCCUAAGUCCUUGGGCGAUUGGAAAGUACUCCCCCCUGAGCAGAGGCUUUUUAAGAGUUAGAUCUUCUAUCCCAGAACUAAAUUUAGACCCUAGUUCCUGCGACAAACACAAAGUUCCUGGGGAAAGUUCCUGCGAUUGAUAAGCGCCUUGUGUCUGUCAUAAACCUAAACUUCAAUGUUUGGAGUUAUAAGUGGAAAAAAUAAAAGAUUUAAUCGUUCAAAGUGUAAAUCAGUCACAGAGAUUAUAAGUUUUUAAUGUUCUAGUUGUAAAAUAAGUCAUCUGGAAAAACCAUUAAAUGCUUAAUAUGAAAAUUUGAGCUGAUAACUGAUAGUAAAUGACAUUAUUAUCAGUUCUGAUGAGAUCACUCACACUCUUAUCUAGGAUAGUUUACACCUUUUAAUAUUGGGAUGUCAGGAUUGUCAGAAAGCAGAAAGCACAAACUACACCCCCACAAAACCCCCCGCUCUUGUAUUUUCUGGCAUUUUAAUCAUUUGGUGAUUCAUUGAAAGAAUAACUGCUAAAAUGUGAAAAAUCGUUUGUUAGAGAAAAACAUAAAAAUGAAUUGUGGGAAGUAAAGUUCGCUCCUCUGCAUUUGUUAUUUCUAUGAAAGUUUGAUAGUCAAACGUGCACCUUGGCUUCAAGAUGUUAAGAAAUAUUGAUAAACGUGUUCAGAGAAAUCUUUUUUCCCCCUACGUCUUAUUAUUGUUCGCCAAGUUGAUUCAAAGUUCAGAGAAGAUCUUCGGUGUCGCCACAUAGCCCCGCCUGACGUCGUCUGAAAUAUGGACAAUAAACUGAUGUUUUAUCUUUCACGCUGUAUGUAACAAAUGUUCACAUCGAGUUCACGAGCGAAAUAAAUCCAGAAACAUGACAGCUGUUAUCCGCUUUGAGACUCAUCCAUCUUGUUAGAAGAAAAACACAUUUGAAUUCAGUCCAACUCUGAUCCCAAACAAGUCAAGAAACAGCUUCUACUCUGCUAUCUGUCAAUGCAGGAAAAAUAGGAGUCAUUAGUCGUGGGCAGGGAACUGUGAUGGUUUAAAUGGGAAGACCUAAAGCGGUGGGCGAUAAAGAAGGUGGGUUUGGGUGCAGAGUGGAGGGGAGACAGUGGAUGUUCUUGGUGAAGGCGAAAGCUUUCAGCGUUCUGUGUCAGGGCGAUGUUUGCUUUGGGUCGCUGCACUGAAACUAUCUGUCAUUACAUGUCCAAGUGCAAAACUUGCGCUCCCUGCAUUGUAACGUGCCACUUGUUUAAACAGCAGGGGCCUCUCAGCAGUGUCCUUCCUGUAAUGUGACACAGGCAGGGCCCUUAGGAUGCACACACACAUGGACACAAACACACACAUGCACAAAUCAGUGUCAAAACUAUCAAAGCGCUUAGCUUUGCUCAAAUUAGCUAAUCCGCUCACUAUUACCUGCAAAUUGACUUUGAUGUCUAACAACACAUCGGAGCGGGAGGAAACCCCAAACGACCGGAAAUCAAAAAAGGCUUAUUUUUCUGCAGCCUGAGAGGAGACAUUAACGAACAGAGCGAUUCUUUGUCCCCUGAAGGCUGAACAUGGAUGAGAUGAUGGAAAAUUGCGUGGCAGCGCAGGAUAUUUUCAUGUCAAUUUUGGAAAUUAUGCAGCCCUGGUGGAAACAUUUACUGUUUGCUUUUUUUUUUAGUUGCAAGUCAGUUUAAUUAUUUUCCUUUUCAUCCAGUCUAUUAUGCAUUUUGAUGGGGACAUUUAAGCUGUCUUCAGAGUCUUUUGAAAAUAAACCAGGAAUGUAUACUCGGCAUACUAAAUCAAAGAGUAGGACGCUUGAGAAAUAAACCAUUUCAGUCAUUCACAUGUUUAAUCUAUGAAAAAUAUUUGUCUUUUUCCUCAUAUGUAGCUCCAAUCCAAAUAAAUGUACAUAUGUGACAGAUGCACCAAACCUCCAGCUAAUAAUAAAAUUCAUUAGUAAUUUUAAAAAAACUAAAAAUAUUUCUUACUUACUUUGUGAAAACCACUAAUUCAUAACACAAUGAGUGAUAGUUACAGUUUACAGUGAUUUAAUUUGACACCAUAGUUACAUAUCUAAAUGCUUAUGAUCAACAAAUGUUUGUCUUCAGGCAUCUGGACGGGCCGUCUGACUAUGAGCGGGGCGAGCAGCUCUGGUGGACACUAGCAAGGUCUCAUACCAGGGGACCCCUGGGAGCUAGACGGGGUGAGAGAGGUCCAGGGAGCGGGGCUGUAUUUUUAGGACACACUAAUAAACUUGUCUGGCCGGACAGACAGUAGUGUCUGCUGGCAUGGAGGCUGGUGUUUUGACAGGCUGCUGACCCCCACCAUGGGAACACACACAACAAGAUACGGACUAGACUGACAGAGGCGAUUACAAACAAGAACAUGUAAACUGCUGUAAGACGUUUGUGUUUUUAAUAUUUCUUCUUAUUUAUGAAACAAUGAACAUUAUAAGUCGGCUGAUCAUGAGGUUACAAAACAAAACCAUCAACUCUGUUCAGGGCCAACAGGAUGACCUGUUUCUGUACCUCGCAGCUUCAUGGCACAGUAUCUACCUGAGUCUGGAACCCGGUAUGAGCAUCAGCAAAUCUGCUUUUGACAGAUAAGCAUUAGAGAUUCAACUUUAUAAAUCCUCAAACUUCUCAAGACUUUGUGGGAUCAUAUCAAGAACUCAUGUCCAAGUAUUUGCAUUCUUGCAGAAAGAGGUAAUCAGCGGAAUUUGACACCCAGUUGCUUUCCCCUAAGUAAGCUUGUAGUCUCAGCAGAUUUAAUUAUGUUAAUGCCUGCUAUUGUCAUGGUAAAUGUAAAUUGAGUUAAUCCACCACUUCACUAUUCACCCCACAGGCCUACAGUAUACUCUGGAUUCAGCAAACAGGACUAAGAAAAACCACCUUUAUAUUCUCUGCCAGCUGUACAACAUCCCAGAGAUGCUAAUAUUCAAACAUCAGCUUCCUGAAUCCACAGAGCUUCUUUGUACGACAUUUUUAAUAAGUAGACUGGGAGGAGAGGGAUCAGACUAAACUAAAUCUCCUCUGAGACUUUGGUUUGAUUUGCCAAAUCUAUGUUGAUUCCCUAAAACUGGCUUCACCACACAACUUUCUACACGCAGACUUUGAGAGAUAAAGACAAAAACUUUGGCCAAACAAGGAUACACUCAUCAUUAAAAUGUCUCUGAAACACAAAGUUCAAAGUUCUUAUGGUUAAAAAGGCAACAUUCAAGAGUCAGAUAACAGAGGAUGACAAGAAGAGAGCAUCCUCAGCAGAAGAAAAAACAAGAAAAGAUCAAAUGGCAUAAAAAAAACAAAUGAAAAGAGCAAAGUAGGAGCCUUGCUUGGAUAAGGAAAACCCUCAGAUUCCCCUGAAGUUAUGAGCAGAGACAAAUCAGCCGAUAACCACCCUGAAAGAGGUCAAUGUGUAAAACAAACAAGGACUUCUCAGUUGGGUCCUUCAUGCACUCCAUGCGCUCUGCGUGUUGCCUAACAAAGACAGCAAGAAGCAGACUAGGAAAACAGAGGAAAAACUCUCAACAUAAACACUGCUAACUCAGCGGUCUCACUCGUGAUUUAGAGUGUGUGUACAGCAGAUUAAAACUGUUGUUUUGCGCUAAUACCGUACACCAUGGUCAGCUAUUACACCAGCCAUGUGUUAUGGAGUGUAUGAAUCAUUAGCAGAGGGAGGAUUAAAAAUGUUCUGGGUACGUGAGUGUAACAAAACCUCCCGUACGACCCGCUCGUGAGGGAACAAAUGGAUUCUUAGAGCUGGACUGAGGGACUAAGUCAACAGCGGUGAUGAACAGGGUACAGUAUUUCUUCUGUGAGGUCUUUUAAAAGUUAAGAAAAUCAAGGUUGAAAUUGACCCAGUGAUGCAACACGGGUAAGGAGCUUGUUUUGGCCCAAACUGCAAGAAUCAAAGACGCAUUAUUCACAGAUUUCAGUAAAUAUACGGUUGCUUAUACUAAAAAAAAGAAAAAGAAAUGUGAGCUGAAGGUUAACAGCCAAGAGCUUUUUACCAAGCUAAUAAAAUUUCAAUGUGUUCUUGUAUCUAACUACUGAAGUUUGUUUUGGCUUUGUCUGAAAGAAGAAAAAAAUCAUAAUGCUCCUUAUCAUCCCGGAUUUUAGGAUUUUUAUCAGGACAUCAUUCACAGAAAAGCAUCAAUCUUGGCAUGGUUUAGCUGUACCGAGAAACCUGGACUCCUAACUUUCAAAUCUUUCAUGUCAGAGCACAGCAACUCACCCUGCUCUUUCAGGUACACUGCAAAUAUCAAUAAUCAGCCUCGACUUAAAAACUGAAAGAUGCAUUUGUGUCUGCUUUGAUGGAUUGCAUGUCUGAAGCAAGUUUCGGGUUUCUUUUGCAGCAGAAACAUUCCUCUCCCUUGAGGGUGAAAAAAAAAACUUAAGGAAAUAAUCUUUGAAAAAAAAAAAAAGAAAAAGGUUUUUGGACUCAAAUGUGCAGAAUUACCACUACGAUGCAGUAUGGAGUUAAGUAGCACAGCAGAAAGAGGGUAUGCGACACGAGCUUGUGAAACGUGUGGAUCACUGACAAAAAUAAUAGAAUCUGGGGACUUCAUUUAGAAAAAUAGAAAGAUGAGGCUCUGAAACAGUAUCAGAGUUCUCAUGAAUAUGCCAAAAUCGGUCCCAUAGAGGCAAAGCAAUAUAACAUAGUCUGACCGGGACUCAAAUGGGACCAAUAAGAUUGUACGAAAAGUGAUUUUAGGUUUUGUUGUUUCAAUCCUUUUUUUUCCUUUUUUUAGACGUGAUGAAUAACAGCAAGUUACUGUAAAAAAAACUAGUAUGGUGAGUCACAAAGAGUGUGCAAAGUUUGAGGAAAGACAACUCAAUGGAUGUGUGAAGUAAGAGGGGGUGUGUCAGGAAAACGGGGGGUUAUUUUGAAGCCCUGUCUACAUCUAUUAAAGUCCCACUCCGAUCGUAGUUUUUCCUGCCUAAAGUGUUCUCAGUAGUCUUUAAAUUGUGAUUAUGAAGUUUUUACCAAAAAUCACGUUACCUGUCAUUUUCAAGUGCUUCUCUUUUUCAGAGUUCCAAUAGAUCAUUAGCUGUUCACCUCUGAGUCGUUGGCGGAGACAGCGCUGCUCUGCACACUCCUCUUCACGCUAGCUUGCAGCCUAACAUUGCCGGUGGCGAAUUUUUUUUUGUAGGAUGGAAGGGGAAGGUCCCGCCCUCCUUCACCUUUGAUUGGCUAGAAGUGCUGGGCUCCGAUUGGUUAUUCCUAAUGGCUGUGAAAAGUCAUCAUCCGUUGGGUUAGGAUUAGGCGAUUCAGAAGUGCGAUAAUGUUCUGUAAUGUUCUGUUCAAUGUACAAAGCCGACAGCCCGCGUUUGGCUUGAGCGUGUGAUGACGUUUCCAGCUUUUCUAGCCAAUCAGAGGCGAAGGAGGCGGGAGUAGAAGGGAGUAGAAGUGGCAGGUAACAAGGGAGCUAUUUAGCUCUCUGACACGAAUGUCUUUAGGGACACAACGAAAGUUAAUAUCAUAAUUAGAUUUCUUACGAGCAAUGCAAUCCGCUAACUCACACGCUUGUUCUGCGAUCAUCAUCUGUAUUUCUCCUCUAUAUACAGAGUGUGGCCUGCAUAGCGGGGGCGGAGCUUGGAUUGGUUACAUACGAAAUCUCACUGUUUCUGAACCUGCUGUUUGGGUCUGCCGUAGAUUCACAGCGAUUUGGAUGAAGAAAUACUCAGAAAAGCAAUUUGGCAUUUAGUUUUCCCAUAUGUCCUGUAGCAUCAGAAAAAUGCCAUAUGAAGAUACAACAAACAAGAAAAACAUGAUUUUCAUCGGAGUGGAAAUCAUCUUUAAGACAAACUCAGUUAGGCUUAGAAAAUCUGAUCAUUUUUCCUACAUAAGCAUAAACAAAUAAGUGUGUUUGCACUUAAUCUCGCUGAUCUCUCACAGCCUGGCAGAGAUCGCCACGGGUUUAUUCCUGGCACGCUCUGCAUUAACAAACUUCUCUGUGAAAAGAUUUCUUUCUGAGGAAAUGGUUCUUAUCUCUGAACACAUGCUGUUGAUGCAUACUUGCCAAGUGUAAAAAUCUCUGUGCUGAUGUCAAAUACUUGAGUCGUAAAGAGGGGGAGAUUGAAAUUGGAAAACAACAAAGGUGUGUGUGUGUGUGUAAAAAGCAGAGCACAAAAAAGGACACUAUGAGAUGUCUGUGUUGAUAGCAGCGGGUCAGUGUGACAGAGCUCCUGAGGUGAAGCUAAGCUGCUUAGUGAGGCAGAUUACACUACUUGAACAGAAUAAUCUGGCACUCUCUUCUGAUACCUGUGUUGGACUUUUAUAGGUGCAAACGGGAUGAGCCAGUUUGGGAGUAUGUGUGAAAAGCGUGCUAGCUGUUUCAGUGCGUUCUGUUGAUGGAUCCUGCACCUGUCUUGUCAAUCGUCCAAAGAAAAUGUAGCCUGACAUUGAUGAAUGCGCUCACAUGAAGCCGGGUGCUGCUUAGCGUCUCUUGUUAAAGGCAGUGAGCCGGGCAGUGAGUGAGAGCAGAAACAGGAGGAGAGCGGAGUUCUGGUGUCUGUUAUGUUGUUAGUCCUCAGGCGGUUUUUCGACUGGCACAAUGACGGGGGCGAACAAAAAGAGAACAAAGAGGGAAAAGCUGAUGCAACAAGUAAAAGAGAAGAAGAUGUUGAAAACAAGAUGAGGGGACAGAGAGCAGAAAAUAUUUGCGGACUCCAGCGAGGAGGCCUGAUGGAGGAUAUGUAGCUGUAUCAGAGGGGAUUCUGCACUUUAGAGGCUACAGGGUCUUAGGGGUGGAGACUGAGUCUCUGAUGCCUACUCAGGUUUCUGAGAGAUGUGUCCCCCGUUUGAUGAUGUACUGGCAUCCCUGAGUUGGGGCAAGGGCAUAGGGUUACAAACUACCCACAGGACACCAUUACUGUCUCCAGUCCAGUGCUGCAGGGCGAGGAUGAAAGCAGCGAGCUUCAGCGGCUGGGCAGAGGGAAGCCAGUACACUCAUCAGCUGUGUGUGUGUGUGUGUUUGACAAAUAAAAGAGUGAGUAAAAGAAAGUUUUUGUGUGUGUGUGAGUGUGUUGGUAAGUUAAAUUAUUUAUCCACUCUGCACUAACACUACCCAGCCAUGAUGGAAGUACAAUGCCAUGUGAAUACUAACCUCUAAACUGUGAAGGAUAACAAAACUAGUAGUCCCAGAUCUGAUGAGGAACAUCUCCUCUUCCUCAAACAUAACAGCUUCUUGUAAAUACAACAGCUGAUCUGUAAGUAUGAAGCUGCAACCAGCUGAUGGUUACCUUGGCUUAAAGACUGGGACCCCCAAAGCUCACUGCUUAACACACUAAAUCUCAUUUGUUAAAUCUUUGAAGAAAAAAACAACAACGCAAGUGUGGAAAUCACAUUUUGCUGAUUUGCAGGGAUUACGUGCAGGAUUAUUUCAAUGCAAGCAGCAGUUAUUUUCCAGAGGCUGAGCUGAUUAACUGAGGCCCUGUUUGAUCGUUUACCACUUUUGAUGAGGAUUAGACAGAGGAGACCUGACCUUUUAAUGACUCCGCUUUAAAAGUGAGCAAAUUAUGUUACCAACGGCCAGAGCCUGUGUCAAGUCUGUAUGUUUCUUUACAUAUGCAGCCAGUGAGACAUAACAUUACAUAUACAGACAGAUACGAAAUUGGUAUCAAUCUUCCUGUCAUCGAAUUUGCCUGUCAACAUGCUAGGGAUGGGAAUCGAGAACCGGUUCUUGUUCAGAACUGAUUCCAAAUAGUUCAAUCCAUCGACAUUGUUUACAUUUCAUUUGAAUGAUUCCCUUGACAAUUCCUUGUUUUGGAAACGGUCUUGUGAGAGGCAGUCUAUGCGAACAAAAACAGAGAGUUUGAGGAAAAAAACACGACAAAUGGUACGAAAAGUAUCCAGAAAGGAUCUAAAGCGUGGCUUCAUUUUACUAAGAAAGACGACAACAAGUUUGACAACAAGUUUUGUAUGGAAGUUUUGAGUUUGUGUGGCGUGGACUAACUGAGUUUGAAGCGUGUAACAAACACUCGACCAAGGAAAUGCUGUGCAAAUAGUUUUUCGUUUGAUAACUUUUAGACUUUAGGUGGCAUACAUCUUUUUCUUUUAUUAAAGACUCAAUAAAAUUUUGAGUCAACAUUGAAAACCUAUAGUCUACUUUUUCCAAAGAAAGGCAUUGAUAAGGGAAUCGUUGAAGAUUUGAAUUGAUAAGCAGAAUCGACAAUGGCAUCAAUAUAGAUAAAAUCAUAUCAAUUCCAACCCCAACAACAUGCAAAUAAAAUAGCUUCAAAACCCUUAUAUGUCGUCACCCUUGUAAAAUAAUGGCCAAAGUCAUUUUUUGACAAAAAUUAGUUUUUGGUCUAAAUCAUCUCUUGAUAAUGCGGGUCAUCUCUGGUAAAAUCGCCUGAAUCCUUAGUUGAAAGGAUCAUGGCAUGACGAUAAGGAACAAUUAAAGCAGAAAAUGGACACCAACUUUGAUCUUACUUUCCAGUCACUAGGUCAAUAUAUUGUCUAGUUGUGUACAAUAUAUUUAAUAAAGGUUGUCAAACUUGUCACUGAUUGUAUUUUUUACUUUUGUUUACCAUAAAAAGGCAUCAGUGUGACUUUCAGUCUAUUUCAUAAAUAGCACAAAACUCCCCACAGGAGCUUUAAUUUGUGACAUUUGGAGUUACACAUAAAUCCAACUGUGAUCAAAUUAGAGACUUAAAUCUUCAAAUCCAGAAGUAUAACCUCAGACAGGAGACACACUUAAAGAAUCAGAGAUUUAAAGAGAUGUUUUUCUCUGCUGCCAGCUGUGUAUCACCAGCCGUUUUCCUCUGAAUAGCCUCCUACUGUGUGUGGCUGUUCUCCAGUGAAAGGCUGCCUCAUUCUCGUGCCCCAGAAUGCACAGGGAAACAUCACCUGUGGUCAAUAGGCUUCCACUGACCACCUGUGGUGGCUGAAGACAGUAGUCACAUUCACAUGUAAAUAACGGAAAAAUAAUGCAGAUUUUUAAAUCCUUUUUACACAUUUGUUUUUACACAACAUUCAUGCAGCAGAUACAUCGUCACCUCUGCUUGCGUUCAGACUGCUUUACUGUUUCAAAGUCACCUGUGGAUACUCAGAGCCGAGGGAGGGCAAUGAAAUACAAACACUGAGCUAAUUGGCCCAAUUAAGUCAUUAUGCAACACAAGCCAGAGGUCUGACAUUUUACACCCCUCUGGCUUCCAUUACAAAGACCUGUGCAAAGCUUGACUCUGGAUUUUCCCACCAGCUUUAGUUUGUUGGUUUAUAGCAGAAAGCGAAUUGAGGCACUGCAGGUCUGUCGGUGAUGGACUUCUGUAGCAGUAAUUUCUUUAGUACCGGAGGAAAUUAAAGCUUUGAUGCGUGCAGAUGUGCAGACAUGUACACGAGGACAUACUAGCAUGUGUGUACUUACCUCUCCUGACAUGUCCGGAGCCAGAGGGAUGAGGGGCCACAGGGAGGAGUAGAUAAUGAAAAACACCACCCACAGACCGAUGCUUCCCCAGAUGGCGAUGUGACUGAACUG